CGGCCGCGCGCGCGCCUGGCGGGGCCGGCGGGGCGGGUGCGGGACUUCCGGCGGGGCGGGAUGCGGGUGCGCGUGCGGAGCUGGCAUGGCGUCGCCUCCUGGCUGUGGGUGGCCAACGACGAGAACUGCGGGAUCUGCCGGAUGGCCUUCAACGGCUGCUGCCCCGACUGCAAGGUUCCCGGAGACGACUGCCCGCUGGUGUGGGGGCAGUGCUCGCACUGCUUCCACAUGCACUGCAUCCUCAAGUGGCUGAACUCGCAGCAGGUCCAGCAGCACUGCCCCAUGUGCCGCCAGGAGUGGAAGUUCAAGGAGUGACAGCCGGCACUGUGCGUGACGGAUGUGGCCCCCGAGCCGCGGAGCUGCCGGGUGCUGCCUGGAGCCCCCAGCGCUCUCCAAUGCAAGGCGGACGUGACCGUGUCCUUGGACCCCGGGGAGUGUGCGGAUGCCUGAGCCGGCAGCGG